GGGAUUUUUGCUUUCAUUCGUUCGACAGCGCGAGGAAAUAGGGUUAUUGGAUCGCGAGAAUGUCAGCAACAUUUCCGGGACUGGUGCACGAUGCGGAGAUACGUCACGACGGAUCAAACAGCUACCGUUUGAUGCAACUCGGAUGCUUGGAAUCUGUGGCCAACUCGUCUGUCGCUUACUCUUCAUCGUCUCCGCUUACAUAUCCAGCUACCGGAACCGAGUUUGCCUCCCCGUAUUUUCCCACGAACCACCAGUACACGCCAUUACACCACCAGUCCUUCCACUACGAGUUCCAGCACAGCCACCCGGCCGUGAACCCGGACGCGUACUCGUUAAACUCUCUCCAUCACUCACAGCAGUAUUACCAGCAGCUCCAUCACGGAGAACCGGCAGACUUCAUCAACCUUCACAGCGCACGGGCGCUCAAGUCUUCUUGUCUGGACGAACAGCGGCGGGAACUGGGCUGCCUGGACGCGUACCGUAGGCAUGAUCUGUCAAUCAUGAGCCACGGCUCUCAGUACGGCAUGCAUCCCGAGCAAAGACUGCUGCCCGGGGCGGGUCUGGGGCUGCCGCCACCGGGAGCCGAUGACCUACAGGGAUCUGUAGAUGCUCAAUGCGGGCUCGUUUUAAAUGGCCAAGGUGGAGUUAUCCGGAGAGGUGGCACAUGUGUAGUGAAUCCUACAGACCUGUUCUGCUCUGUACCAGGAAGACUUUCUCUACUCAGUUCUACCUCAAAGUACAAAGUCACAAUCGCUGAAGUCAAACGUCGCCUUUCUCCUCCAGAAUGUCUCAAUGCCUCACUACUGGGUGGGAUAUUAAGAAGGGCCAAGUCAAAGAAUGGCGGUCGCUGCCUCAGGGAGAAACUGGACAGGUUGGGACUCAAUCUCCCAGCAGGCAGAAGGAAAGCGGCAAACGUCACGUUGUUGACCUCUUUAGUGGAAGGUGAAGCAUUACACCUGGCUCGGGACUUUGGUUACACCUGUGAGACGGAGUUUCCAACCAAAGCGGUCGGGGAGCACCUCGCUCGCCAGCACACGGAACCAAAGGAACAGAACACACGCAAGAAAAUGGUGCUGGCCACCAAGCAGAUCUGUAAGGAAUUUCAGGAUUUGUUAAGUCAGGAUCGAUCUCCGCUCGGUUCCUCUAGACCAACACCUAUUCUGGACUUGGAUAUUCAGAGACAUCUUACACACUUCAGUCUGAUCACACAUGGAUUCGGCACACCAGCGAUUUGCGCGGCGCUCAGCACCUUUCAAACGAUUCUCAGUGAAAUGCUUAAUUACCUGGAGAAACAUUCAGCCAAUAAGAGCACAGGAACACCUGACACCAGCCAGAUGAACUCCAACUCUGACAAAACACUCCGCAAAUCCACAGAGGCACCAAUGAAAGAUGGUAAAAUUGAGAAAAUAGAAUGACUCUGACUCUCCUCCUGAGGCAGGAAUGGCCACUUUCCCACUUCCUGAUCGAAGCACUGAUGCCUUGUUCAGGGCGUGGCUUCGAGCGGCGUGGUUUAAGGGUUUUUAUUCCAUAUUUGUUUAUUUAUAAAACUGGCAUAACUUCCUAUGACCUCAGCUUUCCCCAUACGGAAGUCUGUUGGUAUGUAAAAAAACAGUCACAUCAUUCUCACUGCCCGAAACUUGGCAAAACGCAAGUAAUCUUCAUUCUUUUAUAAGUUAUUGAAAAGGUUAUUUUGCUUAAGGUUUUUCUGUAUGUAAUUAGUUUAAAUAAUGAUUUUAAAACUGAUAAUAUCUUUUAUUAAAAGAUUCACAUUCCAUUUCUGGCAAGGCCUAAUUUUGGGUCUGUUUGGAACUGUAAAUUAUUACAGGCAACUUUCCCAGUUGCCGUUAGUUACUGUAUAUUGCGCAUGUUGAACUUUGUACACUAAAACUGACAUU